CUUCCGGUGAAUGGCGAUACGUAUAGGCUACAUACGUAAGAUUUCAGCUCAUUUGGCAGUCGGUGUACAGUCAGUUAUUUCCUUGUUGACAGUACUGUGCUCAGCAUCGCGCCUGUCGUCUGCUUCCAAUGUUGGCUGAACUAUGGACUAGCUUGUGGUGUCACUUGUAUUUUCUGGCCAGACCCAUGAUCAAGUGGAUCCUGCGGAAAGUGACAGGGAAAUGUGAACUGUUAAGAAUAACAUAUGGCGAGAGCGCGGGAGCAGGGAGGACCAAAAGAAUAGAAAAGUCACUCAAGCAAUCCCAUCAGCCAGCACUGAAACAAAUCCUGAGUGAUGGCAGCCUGGACAUCACUGAAGCCGUGAAGGAGGUGCUUAGACUGAAGUCCAUUGUACCCGAGGUACAUCCCAACUUCCAGCGAUGUUUCAGCGUGUGUGUGUGUCAGAUCUGUGGCUACAGGAGGCUGCUGCAGCAGGUCGAGCAUCACAGGAAGACCAAGUACAGCACCACAGACAAACAGCACGAAGACAAACUCAUGCUGCUGUGGACGUCGCUAAUGCCGACCACCAAGCUUGAGUCCCGGGUCAGCAAACAGUGGACUGAUAUCGGCUUCCAGGGGGAGGAUCCUGCCACGGACUUCAGGGGGAUGGGCCUGCUUGGUCUGGACCAGCUUCUGUAUUUCAUCAAGGAAUAUCCUGACAUUGCACAAAGUCUUCUCUCCCAGUCUCACCAUCCACAAUAUGGCUUCUCCUUUGCAAUACUCGGCAUCAACUUCACGGGGAUGUGUUACGACCUGCUCAAAUCUCGCAAACUGAGGACACAUUUCUACAACCUGACUGAGGAGGCUGCCACUAUGAAACAGUUCAAUGAAAUCUACUGUUGCCUGUUUCACGACUUCAUCCAGUUCUGGUUCAAGGAGAAGCCGAGGGACAUCAUGGAGUUCGGUCGACUUCGCGACAUGUUCCAGAAGCUGUUGGUCCGACAACUGAGAGACAAACAUUUUGUGUUGAGGGCCACAUUUCAGUCCCCUGGGGAGGAGGCGUCAUGAUGUUGCCUGGGGAGGAGGCGUCAUGAUGUCCCCUGGGGAGGAGGCGUCAUGAUGUUGCCUGGGGAGGAGGCGUCAUGAUGUUGCCUGGGGAGGAGGCGUCAUGAUGUCGCCUGGGGAGGAGGCGUCAUGAUGUCGCCUGGGGAGGAGGCGUCAUGAUGUCGCCUGGGGAGGAGGCGUCAUGAUGUCGCCUGGGGAGGAGGCGUCAUGAUGUUGCCUGGGGAGGAGGCGUCAUGAUGUUGCCUGUUGGAACAUUAGGAACAUAACAUUUUCAUAUUUCCAUAUUUCCAGCAUAUUUUUACUUGAAUUAAACUUUUGAUAAGAAUAUAUUUAAGUAGAUUUGGUAUUACAUGUUUUGUCUAUAGGAAUCGUCUUUUGUUUAUGAACUGAGACACAUGACACCGUGACAUUAUUGUGAGGAAGAUUCACUUUGUAGAAGUCAAUAGAUGUCGAAACAAAUAUGUGAUGGAGACAAAGGAGACAAUACCUGCAUGAUUUCUGCACUUAUGAUCGUCAUAUGUUCAAUGGCAUGAGAGCCAUCACAAAGCUGGAAUAUUUUGAGUGCAGUGUUAAACAACAAGCUGGCAAACAAUGGCUUAAUUCAGAUGUUUCGAUUUUGUGAGUCAUUUUUAUCUUUGCAUGUCAAAGCAAAUGUCUCAAAUAGCCACUGUGCACAAUGAAACAUCAUGUGAUCUGUGACAUGACAGACUUGUGGACAAGUUUAACUGCGCCAGUCAGGCCACAACAAAUUAAAUAUUAUCAUAUGGCCACGUUGUUCAUAGUUUGUCAUCAGGUUCUAUUUUCUUGGUGCUUUAAUGUUUCCAUAUAAUUUCUAGAAUAUAUUUUGUCAGAAUAAUUAGGGUUGCAGGAAUGGUGUCCUGUUUCCCUGAGUAAAGGGAGUAAAGUGAGUAAAGGGAGUAAAGUGAGUAAAGGGAGAUGAGAUGUAUGUGCAGUAUGAUCAUAAUGGUUUGCUACUGUGAGCUGUACGAUGUACCAUGUUGCCAUAGUGAGAAUAUUUAUGUGCAAUAUGAUCAUAAUGGUUUGCUACUGUGAGCUGUACCAUGUACCAUGUUGCCAUAUUGAGAAUAUUUAUGUGCAAUAUGAUCAUAAUGGUUUGCUACUGUGAGCUGUACGAUGUACCAUGUUGCCAUAUUGAGAAUAUUUAUGUGCAAUAUGAUCAUAAUGGUUUGCUACUGUGAGCUGUACGAUGUACCAUGUUGCCAUAGUGAGAAUAUUUAUGUGCAAUAUGAUCAUAAUGGUUUGCUACUGUGAGCUGUACGAUGUACCAUGUUGCCAUAGUGAGAAUAUUUAUGUGCAAUAUGAUCAUAAUGGUUUGCUACUGUGAGCUGUACGAUGUACCAUGUUGCCAUAGUGAGAAUAUUUAUGUGCAAUAUGAUCAUAAUGGUUUGCUACUGUGAGCUGUACCAUGUACCAUGUUGCCAUAGUGAGAAUAUUUAUGUGCAAUAUGAUCAUAAUGGUUUGCUACUGUGAGCUGUACGAUGUACCAUGUUGCCAUAUUGAGAAUAUUUAUGUGCAAUAUGAUCAUAAUGGUUUGCUACUGUGAGCUGUACGAUGUACCAUGUUGCCAUAUUGAGAAUAUUUAUGUGCAAUAUGAUCAUAAUGGUUUGCUACUGUGAGCUGUACGAUGUACCAUGUUGCCAUAGUGAGAAUAUUUAUGUGCAAUAUGAUCAUAAUGGUUUGCUACUGUGAGCUGUACGAUGUACCAUGUUGCCAUAGUGAGAAUAUUUAUGUGCAAUAUGAUCAUAAUGGUUUGCUACUGUGAGCUGUACGAUGUACCAUGUUGCCAUAGUGAGAAUAUUUAUGUGCAAUAUGAUCAUAA